GUUAAUUGCAAUCUUAGUACGAAGAAAUUAUAAAAAUUAAAACCUAAAAUAGUUUGUGUUAGUCUAAAUGUAGAAGUGGGUGCCCCAAAUGCUAUAGUAUAAGAAAAAAAUUAAAUAUGAUUAUCAAAAUGUCUGCAAUUCUGUUACUGCUGCAAUGGACUACAAAUUCAAUGUCGAUACCUACUUACGACAUUACACGAGAAGAAAAAAGAAGUGUAGGGAAUAGUGGUAGUAGCCAUUUUGAACAAAGCAACUCAUAUAAAUCCAGCAGUAGUUCCCAUGAAGUUAAAGCUGAGACCUCUCAAACGUACCACUAUACAAGUCAUAAAAGUUCGGAAGGUGCAUCUCAGGUUACUGUGGAAAAUCAUCAUAAAGACAAUGGUAAAUUUGAACAUGCCACAUCAGAGGAGUCAAAAUAUGUUGUAACGGGAGAAUACACACUAGAUAAAAACACUCAAAACAACAAGCAUUCACAAAAAUUUUUAAUCCACGAGAAUCAACAUGACGAUGACGAAAUUCAACACAAAUUUCAUGGUAGUCUAAGUGAAACUGGAAAACAUUUUAAAGAUCUUACGAAUGGUCUAAGUAAAGUGAUCAAAAUUAGAGAACCUAAUCAAUUUCAUCAAAAUAUUGGUCAAUCUGGAGUUAAAAUUAGUGUAACUCAAGAUGAACAGGAACAAAAUCAUUCUAAUGGAAAAGAAACAAGAGUUGUUAUCAACUUAAAUAUUCCUCAAACUGAUGGCUCUAUAGUAGUUGCACAGUCUGGUUCAGAAAAUGAUAGAAAUAUAGUAUCAGGUAAACAUACCAAGAAAAUACAACACACAUCUUUAAUCCAAAACCAACAAACUUUUAGAAAAGGAAAAAUGUUAAUGGAGCAUGAAAAAAUGGAAGGAAAUAUGCACGAAAUUAUAGAACGUCACGGUGAAAGUCACAGUGGACUCAAGGUCGCCACAAAAGAAAUCCAUGUUCAGAGGAAUAAUCAUAAAGAGUCUUCCCAUCAGACCCAUCCAAUCACAAACAUCCAGCACCAUAACACUAUAAAGAAAAAUCAACGCAAAGCGUUUUUGAGUGAAACUCAAAAUACCUCUAAACGAGAAAGAGAUCUGCACCAAAACAUGAAGGAAAGACAUGUUGAAGGCAACAACAGAGUAAAGAUCAAUAAAGAUGUGAUUAAUGUCCAUUUAAACAAUAAAAAAGAGUCUUCUCACAGGAUCCAUACAAUCAACAAUUUCUCCAAACGAGAAGGAAUCAGGCACCAAGAUAUAAUUGAAAGACAUAUUGAAAGCAACGAUAGAAUCAAGAUUAAUAAAGAUCAUACCAGGAAAGAGUCUUCUCAUAAUAACUAUGUAGAUUUCAAGUCUAACAGUCAUCAUAAAGAGGGUAUAAAAAUUGAACAACAUAUAUCCAGGAAUGAAAACAGAGAAACCUCUAAAGACUUUAAAGACAUGCAUAGCAAUAGAGAAAAAAUUGAACACCACCAAAAUUACAAUCAAAAUAGUGAACAUCACAGUUAUGGUAGCAAAAAGGAACAAAAGCUUUCAUUUGGUACGUCUAAAGAUACCUUUGAGAGAUCUGCAAGUACUAAAAAUCUUAUGCGUAAAGAACAAAACCAGAAUACCUUGAAAGACUUCAAAAACAGUCAUCGACAUACUCUUAAUGAAGAAAACGGAAAGGAUAUUACAAUAACAAUCACAGGAGAUAUUGAUCAACUUACAGAUUCAAAUAAAGCUUCUUACCAUGACAUGAGCUCGAGUCAGCAUCAGAAACAGCAUAUACACAAAAAAGAGAGUAUUAGAACUAAAAUUGAAAACGCUUCUUCGAAGCAAGUGACAGAAGCUGAAAGCAUUCAUCAAAGAAAGCAUGAUCAUAUAGUAGACUUGCGUCAAGUUGGUAAUUUUCAAAAUAAUAAUAACAAGCAUCAUGAAAAACAAGAUACUGAUAUAUUUAUUGAGGACAUGGGUUCAAAUAUUGAGGAAAAAGGAAGAGGUUCUUAUCAUACAGCCACCAGUAAAUCUGAAGAAAUUAAUCACAAUACUCAAAGUAGGAAAUAUACUAAGUUAAAUGAACAUAGUAAGAAAAAUGAUAAAGAAAUAGUUGUUGUCGCUACAGAUGAUCUUGAUUCUGAAACUAACAAUUUAGCAAAAGAGUCAUAUUACAAAACAGUUAGUAAAUCUGAAGGUCAUCAGUACCAUAAUCGAGAAGAAAGCAGAAAGCAAACAAAGAUAGAUAAACCUGUUCGACAUAUCGGAUUAGAUAAUGGAAAAGAUGUUACUAUGACUAGUUAUGAAACUGUAGCAAAAUUUAAUUCAGAUAACAAAUACAAAAACCAAAGAAGUACUAAUCAUUAUAGUGAUGAUGAAGGAGAUAUUAUUGUUACAGUUCAAGAUUCUGAUACAAAAAAUCAUGGAAAUCAAUAUCAUAAACAAAAAGAAAAUGGAUAUCAUCGGUACAAGCAACAAGGAAAUGGUGUUCGUCACAGUGGAGAAGAUAAGACGGAUGUUAUUGUUACUAUAGGCAAAGAUGUUGAUACAAAAGUUCACGAGAAUCAAUAUCGUAAACAAGAAGCAAAUGAAAAAUAUACUAGUUUGAUUAAAAAUGGAAAGAUCUCUACAGAUUCAUCCUAUGUUUCCUCUAAUUUAGAAUUGAGUAAUCAACACAAAAAUACUCAUUCAAAAGUAUUAGACAGUGAUCUUCUACAGGAAUUGGUAAAUAAACGUAGUAAAAACAGCGACGAUGUUAGAAUAAUUGAAGAGCAAAAGGGUGAAUAUAAAAAUAGAGGUCGGAGACAUCAUGAAAAACAAGGUACUGAUAUUAUUAUUGAGGACAUGGGUUCAAAUAUUGAGGAAAAAGGAAGAGGUUCUUAUCAUAAAGCCACCAGUAAAUCUGAAGAAAUUAAACACAAUACUCAAAGUAGGAAAUAUACUAAGUUAAACGAAUAUAAUAAGAAAAAUGAUAAAGAAAUAGUUGUUGUUGCUACAGAUGAUCUUGAUUCUGAAACUAACAAUUUAGCAAAAGACUCAUAUUAUAAAGCAGUUAGUAAAUCUGAAGGUCAUCAGUACCAUAAUCGAGAAAGAAGCGGCAAGCAAACAAAUAUAGAUAAACCUGGUCGACAUAUCGGAUUAGAUAAUGGAAAAGAUGUUACUAUGACUAGUUAUGAAACUGUAGCAAAAUUUAAUUCAGAUAACAAAUACAAAAACCAACGAAGUACUAGUCAUUAUAGUGAUGAUGAGGGAGAUAUUAUUGUUACAGUUCAAGAUUCUGAUACAAAAAAUCAUGGAAAUCAAUAUAAACAAAAAGAAAAUGGAUAUCAUCGGUACAAGCAACAAGGAAAUGGUAUUCGCCACAGUGAAGAAGAUAAGGCGGAUGUUAUUGUUACUAUAGGCGAAGAUAUUGAUACAAAAGUUCACGAAAAUCAAUAUAAACAAGAAGCAAAUGAAAAAUAUACUAGUUUGAUUCAAACUGGAAAGAUUUCUACAGAUUCGUCUAGUAAUUUAGAACUGAAUAAUCAACACAAAAAUAAUCAACGACGGUAUAGGGAUAAUCAGAAGGAAAUCGUUGCCGAACAUUCUUAUACUCAUUCAAGUAAUUUAGACAGUGAUUCACUACAGGAAUUUCUGAAGAGACAUAGUAAAAACAGUGACGAUGUUACAAUCAUUGAAGGGCAAAAGGAUGAAUAUGAAAAUGGAGGUCGAAGACAUAUGGUUAAAUCCAAAGAUCAGUCACGAUUUAAUAUCAACAACAGUCAAGAUUUUGGAACUGCUGUAACAGAAAAAGAGGCAAAGGAUAUUGAUUAUUCCGUACAAGUCUUUCCAGAAACAAAAUCAAAAUAUAAUACAAAUGGAGGUCAAGUAACUAUAACCUUAGAUGACGAUCUUGGUGGUUCUACCACCAGGUAUGUAACCAAGUCCAAAAGUAUAAUAAAUCCAGCUAAUAGUCACAGUUUUACUAAAUCUUUCGAGAAAAUUGGAGGAGAUACCUACCAUGUAGACGUAGAUCAAGAUUUUUCUCCUAACGUUGGCAAAAUAGUGGUAAGAACUGAAAAAAUUGUGCAACCACCCACAGUUAUAGUUGAAAACAGCUAUGGACGUUUAAACAAUGAUGGAAUUGAUGAAAACGCUAUGAGCCACAGUUCAAUCCAUAGCACUGCAAAUUACUUGGAACGAAGUGCUAAGCAUAUCACGAAACAAGUUGUUAGUGGAGUUCAUGGUGAAAAAAAUACUGGUACUGGAAGUGGCAUUAUUAAUGGUGAUAUAGGUGGGCCAGAAAUAUAUGAAGUAGAUGAUGUAAUAGGUACUCAGCUGCCUGGAGAUAGAUUGAAAGGAAACAUUCAUAGAAACAGCAACAAGGGGACUUUGAUCAAAACUGUCGGACUGGAUGGAGAUAUGCUAGAUACCCAAGAAGAAUGGAAGAUGGAUCCAUUAGAACCAAAUUCAAAACUUAGACCAACUCGCUCAAUAUCCUUCACUCUGCCCGAAGACAAUUUUGGUGAAUUCAAAAGCACAUCUUUCCAGCAAUCAGGCAAAAAAUUUGGUCAACAACAAAGAACUAUUACAGUUAGUGGAAAUUCUGGUCAAAAAUAUCAAAUCUAUCAGAAAAGUCAGCCCUUAGUUUGGUCUGUUCAAUCUAGUGGACAAGAAGUUAAUGGACAAGGUAGUGGGUAUAUUCAACAGAGCUAUCCUGAUGGCAAUGUGAAAUUUUCUAGCGUAAAGUGGAAUAGUCAAGGCAUUAACCCUGGGGAACAAAAGUUUACAUUUAGUCAAAAGAUCUCUGAUAAUGGUGAUUUACUCAACGAUCAAUUUGGAAAGAUUUUUGAACAGCUUAUGUCCACAUCUAAUACUCUUAAUACAAUUGGAAUGAGUAAACAAGUUGGUAGUCUUGAUAGCUUUCCUAUAAAUCUAGGUUUUCAAUCUAGCAAUGACGAUUUAUUCUUCAACCAUCAUUUUAAUAUAGGAAAUAAUGACAGAAACAAAGUACAAGCAUUUGAACAAAUUAGAACACUUGGACAACCAGAAAUAACAUCUGAAAAAGAUGUAAACGUGAAAAAUAUUCUACAAUCAAAAGAUGCAGAUCAAUCAGAUUUCGAUCUCAGCACUUUAUUAGACUUGAUGAGACAACCUAGUGAUCAACAAUCUGGGAAAUUUUUGCAAAUAUCACAGCAGGGAUCGGCUCAGUCAGAACAACCAUUGGAGUUGAUCACUAAGGCUACAAGUACUCAUAGAAAUAAAGUACAACCAUUUGAACAAAUGAGUACAAUUGGACAACCAGAAAUAGCAUCUGAAAAAAUUGUAACCGUCAACAAUAUUCGACAAUCAAAAGAUGCAGAUCAAUCAGAUUUCGAUCUCAGCACUUUAUUAGAUUUGAUGAGACAACCUAGUGAUCAGCAAACUGAAAAGUUUUUGAAAAUCUCACAGCAGGGAUCGGUCCAGUCAGAGCAACCGUUGGAGUUGAUCACUAAGGCUACAAGUACUCAGCUUGAAAGACAGCCUCAAUAUGUAAAUACCAGUCCUGUUUUAGACUUAUUAACGCAACCAGCUGAUCAAAAACCUGGGAAAAUGUUGCAGACAACACAACACAGAUCCUUCCUCACAGAACAACCAACUGAAGUAAUCAUUAAAACUAGUACUAAGGAGUUUGGUCAGAGUAUUCCACAGCGUCAUUAUUUGGAGACAACAUUUGGUAACAAAAGAACAGAUUUCCAAAAGAAUCUGAAUGUUGAAGAUUUACUAGACAUAUUUAACAAACAUUCCAACCAAAUAUCAAAUGGGCAACAAACACAACGCAAUUCUGCGUUUGCCCAGCAGCCAAUAAAGUUUAUGACUUUAGUCACCAAUCAUCAGACUGCUCAAAUAAUACCUCCAAAACAGUUUACAACUACAAAACUGAAUGGUUUUGAAUUGCAAAGUAAAGACACCAAAGAACCAGGAUUUCAAGAUCAAUCUAACCAUAAAGCCUUAGAAUUUGGAAAUUCACUACAGUUUGGUGCUAAACAAUUAAGUCAACCAUCUAAUGAAGUUGUACAACAAGAUUCAGGUAUAAGAUUGAAUAACCUACAAAUAGAUCAACCCUAUAGUUUACUUAAUAAAGCUAUUAAUGAUCAAUCUAAUCAGAUAAUACAGCAGGCUGAUGAUCAGAAAUAUGUUAAACAUCUGUACGGUCUUAACGAAUUAUUUGAUAAGCAACCUAAAAUGACCAAUAAUCUUGAAUUUCAAGAAAACCUAGUUGGUAAACAUCAACAACAAAUAUCUAAUGAUAUGCUGCAGCAAAAUUCAGCUGUUAAUAAUCUCUUUAAAAAAACUACCACACAUGAAUCCAGUAAGCAGAUUCAACAGUCUUCUGAGCAUAAAUCUAGACAUGUUGAAAGUGACCAACUACAAUAUGCUGAGCAACCAUUCAGUGUAUUACGUAGACAAACAGAAGAAUCAAACCAUCAAUCCGAAAAGUCUAACAAAAUGGAGCAUGCAUCUAGUCACACUAGCCUACAAAUUGGUGAUGGUAGUCGACCAUUUGAAGUGGUCAGUACACAGACCAAUCACAAAGUUACAAAAGUUGAACAUUCUAGUAAGUCCGAAAAAAGAUCCACUCAAAGAGUAACUGUUCAAGGACCUAUACAGCAGGUGGUGGGUGGAUAAGAACCAAAUUGUAUCAAUUUUAAAAGUAUUGAAGGGAUUCAAAGAAUUCUAAAAGUUAAUAUUGCAGUAUGUUUUUAAUUAAAGCCAGUGGUUACCUAAGUUAAUAAAAACUUACAAUUUA